UUUGUUUUGUGAGACACUCCCAGUCUAACCAAAUGCGGCCUAGAUCACCAUCAUCGUCGGCUUCUUGCUGCCUGCUGUCAGCCUUGAGCAAUCACUCCUUCAUACUCAUUACAAUCUCAACAGGAAGAUACUCUGGUCGCACAUCCGUAUUUGAACAAUAUACUGCUGAACGCCGCCCGCGAGAAUUGAAAUUCACCAUUGGAAACAUGCCCUUUCUCCGAGGCUCCGUGCCAGAAGCCAGCACUUGGCAAGUCAACGUCACUCCUGUGACGGUUACCUCGGGACUUACAUGUAUACCUCAAUACGAAAAGCCGCUCUGCAUAGACGCUUCGAGGACGCUGAAGCGGCCGUGAUGAAUGCAUAUCGCCCGUCAUAACGCACACCUACAUGUUUUCUUGCGGUCUCGGCCGGCAACAUGAGCUCAAAGCCAGGUUUGCCUACCCAAAGGGACUGUCAACCUCUCGCGUAUCCCAGUCACAACUAGACGUAUUGAGCGGAUGACUACGUUUUGCCAUGUCUCAUGAUAGGACACUCAGCUUCAUGGCUCGAUUUGAUGUGCUCCCAAGCGCAACUUGCAGAUGCCGCUAGGCGAUCCAAUAACAUGCCGUCAACUCCCGUUCAGCGGCUACAUCCGCUUCUAUUUGAGCACUCUCACCCAACCGAUUCUGCGUGACCAUACUUUUCUUGAGUUUAACGACCAGCCCUCUUUCAUAUCGAUACAACCGGUACAUGAACGCAUUGAAAGUAUCAAAUCAUUGUCCGUAACAGUGCAUUUCCCCACCGACAUGGACGGCUUCCACCAAUAUGGUGCCCUCUGCCCUCAACUACAGCGUUCGGCAAGGGAGAGGCACAGUUGGAAUGAAACAAACUCUACACCUUCGCUUCGUAUACUGAGACUUAGGCCACAACCUCUUUCCGGUGUGAUAUAGCUACCUUUGGUCCUGGCUAGGAUCAAAUAUAUUCAUACUUAUCAGCUCUGCAUCUUUUCUUGGAUUCGGUGGGCCCAUCGCUGGAACGGAAACACACUUAGCUACAUCUUUUUUUAAUUUCGCACAAACUAUCUCCUUCAUGCAUCGAUUUCUCUAGCUGGCUCUGGUAUAGCCUUCAUCCAUGCAAUUUCCUCGUCGGACAUUGCAGAGCAUUCCAACUCUCCCUAGUAUAUAUACAUCGUUCCCGGUUCGUAGCGAACCGAACAAUAGAACCUUGUCAGCAAAUGAUACAACCGCUAGCACAGCCACUGUUGAGACAGGAAUUGAGCUGGUUCCCAUUGAGAGGUCCAACACCACGUAUGACAAGAUCCUUUCGCCAGUCACCGAUGAAAAGGAAGUCGUGGUCAAGACGAGAUUCUCGCAUAUCCGGGCGAAACCAUUGCCGCAUUUGCCCAGAGAUCGAUGGCUGAAAUCUCCUACACAUACGUGGAAUCGAUUAUCUGUCAAGUACCGUAUAUUGGCACUGUUGUUUGUGCAGGUUUGUCUCGGCCUCACCAUUAUGGGGGGACUGUUAUCAGUGAAGAGCGGGGGUCGCCAUCAAGUCGACUUGGGUUUGGAGCCAGAAACACCAUCGGAUGUCCCUAGUAUACCGAUCAGAAUGGGGGAAUACGAGAUCUCUAUUGGCAACGCACGCCAACAGAGCUCGUCAUGUCUAGCAAGAGCCAACGAGUCAGCAGCAUGGGCUUGUUCCAGCGAAGAAGUCAUGCAUAUCUCAAUCACAUCUGAUCCGGACUCGCAGCAUCCAGGCCAAAAAGCCAUCACAAUCACCCAUUCCGAUCCACAACGUGCCAUAAAAUAUGGUCAGUUGCCCCUGGAAAUUCUAACCAUCCCCCUCACCCCUUCCCUCGACCCGGAAAGCCCGCAAAAUGGGGACGCAUACCACUUCAAAACAAGAUACAACCGAACCGUUCUCCUGAGCAACACAAAUGUCAUCCCGCCACCCUCCAGCAACGCCCCACCGAGUCCCCAAGACACGGAAUACAACUCUGCUACAGACGAAAACCCAUGGCUCUGCUUCUUCAACGAAACGACGGUGGAAGGCUUCAUCUACGUCUCGCAACGCCCCGCCUCUCUCACCAACAGUACCUCGGCGUGGAACUCUUCCUCCAUCAUCACUACUACAUCUAACAAAGAAGAACCAAACGGAGGAGACGGCCUCGCUGCCCCGCCUUCCCCUUUCCCAUAUACCUUCAAACUCACCGAGCUUCGUUAUCCAAAUAACUCGCCCCCUUACUGCGAGCGCCGGAGUAUCUCGGAAGACGGGACUCUCACCACACCGCGAGGAGCGCGGAACCUACUGCUCAUGCCCAGUGAUGCCAUGUCUGUUCUCGAUAACAGGCGCAGCAGCAGCAGAAUAAGAAGAGGGAGCGGGCGGCUGGUUGAGAGACAAUCGAUGGCGGCGGAUCGGUCGUGUCGCUGUCAGUGGAUGAUCCAGUGA